AUGUUUAAAUUACGAACUCAUACUGUCAAACAAUGGCUACUUUAAAGAUUUCGUAAAUCUGUUAAUAGUUUAUAUAUAACAGAUCCAUAAGAAGAAGUAUUUUAAUAUCAUAUUAAGAAAUAUAAAUAAGAAUUAGCAGAACUUUUUGCUAAAUUUGAUUAGGAAGGAAAAGGCAGGAUUUAAAAAUAUGAAUUACUUACUCUUCUUAACAAAUAUGGAAUCAGUAUUAAUGAACAAGAAUUAACAUGUUAUAUCAAACAAGCAAAUUCAAAAAGUGGUCAUUUUAUAACAACCGAAUAAUUCAAAUAGUGUGUUUUAUCAGAAAACUCAAAACUCUUUCUUAAAAAGCUUAUUCAUAAAUCAAAUGAAAGAAAUCCUCAAAAUUACUAUCCUACUGAAAUUACUAAAGUCUUAAAUUAAGUCCAUUAUUUAAGUGAAAGAGGUAGGCUCUUAUCACAAAUUGAAGACAAAUUAAUUCCAGUUGAAUAAAAAUUACAGCCUUUAAGUAAAUUAAUGAACCUUAGUCGCGAGAUCACUAUAACUGAACAAAGACCAUAAUCAAAAUUACCUUUGAGAUUACCAAGAGCAAAAUCAACUUGUACUACAAAUUAUAAUAGUAUAUCUACUGCUAUUACAUUACCUUCUUCAUCCAAUUCGAGGUUUGGAGAUAAUCGUAUAUCUUUUAGAAGGCAUCCUACCUAAUAUUGUGAAUGA